CCAACGGCACAGAAACGGUGGCCCAGCCGCUCCCGGAUGGUACCUAUAGUCUCCAUGGUUUGAAGUGGUUCAUCUCAGCCACGGAUUCUGAUGUAGCUCUGACAUUGGCACGAAUCUUGGCUGCUGACGGGCAGGUGGAACAGGGUUCCAAAGGCCUGUCUCUUUUCUACCUGAAAGUCCGUGAUGCAGAAGGGAAACUGAAUAAGAUCGAGACACAUCGUCUUAAAGACAAGCUGGGCACAAGGCAACUACCAACCGCUGAACUGUUUCUAGAUGGAGCCAAAGCACUGCGGAUCUCUGCAGAAGGCCAGGGUGUGGCUACCAUUGCCCACAUGUUGACGAUCUCAAGGAUCCAUAAUGCUAUAGGUGCAGUUGCAUUUAUGAGAAGGUGAGUCCCAGGCCCCUG